GUUCCUAUCUACGGGAAAAUUUUGAAAAUACAAGAAGGAGAGCAGAUCAUUAAACACUCCAACUUCAGCGAGCUGUCAGGGUGCAGGACUCAUCUCCAUCCUUCUCCUUCUCCUUCUCCUCAUAUCUCACCGCUUCACCGCUCUCUGUGUCCGAGGGAAGGCUUUAUCAGGCUUUAUCAGGCUUUAUCAGGCUUUAUCAGGGUUUAUAAGGGGUUAUAAGGGGUUAUAAGGGGUUAUAAGGCUUUAUCCCGCAGGGAGAGAUGGGAGAAGUGAGAGCUGAGGAGCUGAAGCUCAGUCUGGAGGAAGUGGAACCCAAACCCAGCAGAAGCGCUAAAGAGCUGUUUCCUGAUGAAGAGGAUCCCCAUGCUGACGCUGACGCUGACGAUGAUGAUGAUGAUGAUGCUGAUGAUGAUGAAGAUGAUGAUGAAGACGAUGAUGAUGAUGAUGAUGAUGAUGACAGUGGUACAGAUCACCUCUCCCACGGCGCUCAGUCCUGCACUCACCUGCAGCCGGCCGAGCCGAUCGGGAGCGGAGGAUUACCCGCCGUGUUCCAGACCAACCACCUGGUGUUCUACGAGAGGUUUAAAGCCUAUCAGGACUACAUGCUCGGUGACUGUAAGCCGUCGGAGGUGAAGGCUUUCACUGCUGAUUACCUGGAGAAGGUGUUGGAGCCGUGUGACUGGAGGGCGCUGUGGCACACUGACGUGUUUGACGUGUUGGUGGAGGUGUUGGAUGUGGACUAUAAGGACAUGAGAGCGAAGGUGGACGUGGUUCUCCCGCUGCAGUGUGAGGCUCGAGGCUGUGAGCUCUGUGAGGCCAUGAGAACUUUACUGGAGGCCACCAUGAGCAGAGUUCCACUUCAGGAGCUCAGCGUGGUGUACGACCCGUCAGGAGACUUCGACCAAACCGCACUCGCGCUGGAACACCUCAGGUUUUUUUACAAACACAUCUGGAGGAAGUGGGACGAGGAAGAUGAGGAUGAUGAGUUUGAUUUUGUUCGCUGCGUAGAACCUCGACUCCGACUAUAUUAUGACAUCCUGGAGGACCGUGUCCCUGCUGGUCUGGUGGAGGAGUACCACACACUCCUGCAGCGCUGCACACACACCUUUAAGGAGUUCUCCAGGCUGAGGAACGUCUUGAGCAGCGACUCGGACUCGGAGCUGGACAACGUGUCCAUGGUGGAGGGACUGCGCAUGUACGAGGACAUGGAGACGCUCAAACGCAGACUGCGCAUCAUCGAGAACCCACUGCUCAGGUAUGUGCUGGGUUACAGGAUGAACUGCGGUCAGCAGUCGUGUCGUCCUAAAGGCGAGCGUCCCGGUGGAGGCCGUGUGGUCCACGUGGUCUCCUCCUCCACCAGCGUUCAGUCUCUCCACAGCCUGAUGAUGGAUAAGCUCCUCCCCCUGUACUCGGGGAAAGAGUUCGAGCUGCAGUUCCACAGCGAGCCGGCGUCGGCCGUGACGGCGUGUCACGGAGGAGACGUGAUCAUCGUGUGUCCCGGUCAUUACAUCAUCACCAACGCCAUCAGCAUCGCCGACUCCAUCCAGCUGGAGGGUUACGGUUUGCCUGAUGAGAUCGUCAUAGAGAAGAGGAAUAAAGGAGACACGUUUGUGGAGUCGAUCGGUGUUGAAGUGAAAAUCUCCAACCUGAAGUUUAUUCAGCACGACGCCAUCGAGGGAAUUCUCUGUGUGAGACAGGGGAGGUUGGAGAUGGAGAACUGUGUGCUACAGUGUGAAACUACAGGCGUGAUCGUCCGCACAUCUGCUCAGCUCAUCAUGAACAUGUGUGACCUUUACGGCUCCAAGGGAGCCGGAGUAGAGAUUUACCCCGGGAGUGUGUGCAGUCUGGUGGGAAACGGUAUCCAUCACUGUAAGGAGGGAGUUCUGAUUAAGGACUUUGCAGAUGAGUUGGACGUUCCUCCUCAGAUCACGAUGGUGAAUAAUGUGAUCCACAAUAACGCAGGUUACGGAGUUAUUCUAGUAAAACCUGAAGACCGCACAGCUGCUGCAGAAGCUGAAAGGGAGGAGGAGCAACCAGGAGGCGGGGCCACGACAGUAGAGGGUGGAGUAACACAAACAGAAGGCGGGGUCACAGUAUCAGAGGGUGGAGUCACACAAACAGAAGGCGGGGCCACAACACAAGAGGGCGGAGUCAUAGAAUCGGAAGGCGGGGCUGAGGAAACAGAAGGUGUGGUUAAAUUAACAUCAGAGGCGGAGCCAGCAUGUGACACUCCUGUCUCAGAGGAAGAACAUCCAGCUGAAGUUCACCACAGCGCUGUUCCUCCUGAAUACGCCACAGGAAAUGAUGUCAUCAAGCGUGAGCUCCUGGCCACGUCGGUGACGAAGCGUCGCGCUCAGAGGAGCCGCGUGCAGGACGUAGGAGCCAUGAGGGCGGACGAGAACCUGCUGAGUCAGGAGAUGUUCGUCUCCAUCGAGGGGAAUCAGUUCCGGCGUAACGGCAUGGGCAGCUUCGGCACCUUCCUGUACUGACACUACGGCAAGCGCUCAGGGACAAACUCCGCCCACACCCAGCGUUUUUACCCCACACACGCUCAAAUCUCUUCCUGAACUCCUAGAGUCAGUUCACAAGAACUCUUUAUUUCAUAACUGAUCUCUUCAGGCUUUUAUUCAGUCUCGGAUGCAGCUAACUGCUAACGCGGCGGCCAUUUUGCAUUUAGCCGUUUCAGUAAAGUCAGUGAUUAGUGAUGAAUUUAAACAGAGCCGUGACUCUAAUGAGUAAUUUUACUGAAGUUUUAUUUUAUGCGUAGGAUAUCAAGGAGCUGUCACUAAUGUUUUAUUUUAAUGUUUAAGUUUUGCAUGAAGUGUGAGUUUGGUGAGAAGUGUGUGUUUUAUGGUGAUCAGGUUCAGGUGAUGAGACACUGAUAGUGUUAAUAAUUUCAUGGUUUCCGGUUGUAAUGUUCGUCACACUGAGCACAUCAGCACAGCGUCUUUCAGUUCCUCACCGCUUCACCUUGCAUGAGACACGUCGCUGUUUAAUUCCCGUUGAUUAAUUUUCAGUGGAUUAAAGGUCUGCUAAAACCUCAUUAUGCCUCAGGCACGUUGAUUAAUUAUAACUUUCAGCGUGUGCUGCCAACAAAGAGAAAACUCCCUCAAGUUUGACCUGCAUUAACCCCGAUCCCUUCCAGCAGCCCAGGCCAUUAUCACUGCAGGGGAGCUGUGUGUGCGUGUGUGCGUGUGUGCGUGUGUGCGCGUGCGUGCGUGCGUGCGUGUGUGUGUGCGUGCGUGCGUGCGUGCGUGCGUGCGUGCGUGUGUGCGUGUGUGCGUGCGUGCGUGCGUGUGUGUGAGAUUAACGUGGCAUACAGGGGGAGGUUAAAUCACAACAUGACUUUUUAUUGCGUAAAUGUACAGGAAGGAGAGAAACACGACACUUGAUGUGUUUCAUCUGGAUGAAUCUGUAGGAAGGUUCAGAAGGAAGAUCAGUGAUUUUACCCGAGAAGCUGCAAUAGAAAUAAAAUUACAGUUCAUUUACUUAAUAAAAUAUCAAGAUCAAUGAAUGUAAAUAUUUAUAGUGAUGAAAGUUUAAUAUCAAACCUGUAUAGAUCUAUUUAGGUGUGUAAUUUUUAUUCAAUUUUAAACAGUUUUUUGUUUAAUGUUAAAACUGUGCAGGUCAUUAAUACGUACAGACUGGAGAUGAAACUCUAUAAUUAUUGCUUUUGCACGUCAUAAAUAAAGAAUUAAACUCAGUGUUGCACAUUAAACAUUUACACUACAGUAAA